AUGUCCAUCCCCAACCGCAAAGUCGUCAUCACCGCCUACGGCUCCCCCUCCACCGCCCUCCAAAUCGUCACCGAACAACUUCCCCCUCCGCCCAAGAACCACGUCCAGGUCAAGAUCUUUUACGCCGGCUUCUCUGGCGCAGACGUCAACAUGCGCCUCGGCGUCUACCCGCUCCAGCGCUCCGCCCCCCUGACCCCCGGCUACUGCUUCUCCGGCCGCGUCUCCGUCAACGGGCCCGGCUGCUCAAAGUUCAAAGAGGGAGACAUGGUCGUCGCCAUGACCAAGUACGACGCCGAUGCCGAGUUCAUCAACAUCGAGGAGAAGCAUCUCGUCGCCAUCCCCGACGGCGUCGACCUCCAGCAGGCCGCCGCUCUGGCCCUCGACUGGACCACGGCCUACGGAAUGGUGCAUCGCAGCGCAAAGGUCUCCGCCGGCCAGCGCGUCUUCAUCCAUGGCAUCAGCGGUGCCGUCGGCCAAGGCCUCAUGUACCUCUGUCUCCUCCAGGGCGCGACCGUGUACGGCACCGCUGCCGAGCGCAACCACGAGGCUCUCAAGGAAGCGGGCGCUCACCCCUUUGUCUACACCAACAAGGACUGGAUCAAGGCCAUGAAGGAGAUUGGGGGUGUUCACGCCGUCUUUGACGCCCUCGGCUUCGAGAGCUUCGACGAGUCGUACUCGAUCCUGACGCUCGAGGAGCCCAGCAUCCUCGUCGCCUACGGGAACAACCUCUCCUCUCUCACCGACGACGGAAAGCCGCGCUCUCCUUUUCCCGCAAUGAUCAAGAUGCUCUCCAAGUCGCUCAAGGUCGGAUGCAACAGGUCAACCACCUUCUUCGGCAUCACCCGCAACCAGAAGACGUAUCAGCCUGAACUGCGCACGCUGCUCGACAUGGUCAAGGACGGCACCAUUCGCGUGCCCAUCAAGGCCAUCUGGGACUUUGACGACAUCAAGAAGGCGCAUGAGGCGUGGGGGAAGGGCGCGGGCAUGGGGUCGCCGCUGAUUCGCAUUGCGUCUGAGGCUUGA